CCAGACGCUUUUUCGUCGCUUCGUCUCUGGCCAGUCCGUUGACUGGUCGGCCUACAACAUCUACACAGUGGCCAAUGUCGCCAAGCGUCUCCUCAUCUCGUUGCCCGGAGGACUGUUGUCACCUGCUGGAGAGCACCUCCUCCUGACGGCGUCUCAAAGUGCCGGGCCGAGCUCUGCGACUGGUCGCGCCUGUCGCCAUGACGCCAACGCAGUUACCUCAACACCGUCCGAGUCGAGACGAUUCGAACGAGUCGACUCGGCUCCCGUCGAAAAACCGUCGCUGGAAAGGGGUGUUGAGAUAUGCUCGAGCAAAACCGUUGAACUUAUGAUCCCAACGGAGAUGGACGAAAAGCUGAUCAGGAUCUUCUUCAGGAUCUCUUCACUGUCCACUAAGUCGGACUGGCCUUCUGAACGCAACAUUCGGUAA